UUCCAAAAGGAAAACUAAUCUCAGACAAAUAAACUACAGAUUUUUUUCCCCUCUCUCAAAUUGUCUUCCUGCCUUCUAGUUCUACUGAUGUUUAUGAGGUUAUCAAUGGCCUCUCUCUCCAUUUGAGAACAACAGAAUCACUAUAAAAAAAACCCCUCACAAGAAUGCAACUUUCUUAGUUUCCUCUCCUACAAGUACACUUCUACAAAUUUUAUCUCCUUAAAUAAUCAAUUCAACUUUCUGCAAGAAUGCAACUUUCUUGGAAGUUUAGCUUUGAUUUUGAAUUGUAAACUUAUCUGUGAGUCUGUGACCUCCUUGCUCAUCUACAGUCUUAUUGGUUCAGCUAGUGGGAUUUUUUUAUUGUCCGGGUUAAAUCUAACCUGGUCUUUCUUAAUUUGUCGAAAUAAUCAUAAAGAAGUCCAAAGUUUCUUCAAAAGGUAUUUCACUUCUAUUAUAGUAGUAGUAAGUAUUUUCUAUAACUCGGUGAUGACACACGCCUCUUAGAUUCUGUGGAUCUUUUAUAAGAAUUGAUUUUAUUGUGCAUAUGAAAAAGCUAGUUAAUUUUAUGCAUUUUCAUUCACAAACACCAUUGUUUUAUAAUCGAAUUUGAAAUUAUCAUUUUGCUCCAUUUCUUGCUAUGGAAGAAUGGCCUAAUUCAGUUGCUUAUUUUUGCUGGUUGAAUUAUUGGAGUUGUGGCCUUUUCAUUUUGAAGUUCGAAUCUUGGUUUAAAAUGUGUCGAAUCUUUGUUGAGUUUGGCCAAAAGUAAUAAACUGGGGGCCAAAUGCAUAUUCUUUUUAGGAUGAGAAUAUUUGAAUUUUAGGAAGUGGCCUGGAAGUUUUGAUGUAGAAAUUUCUGUUUAACUAGGUAGUGCUUUCAGCAGUGAUUUAGCUCCUCGCGUACGUAGUUCAUCCGCUUUUUAACUAGGGUCAUAGCUGUUUUGAUAUUGGGAUUUUAGAUGCAAGGCAAUAGUUUAUUUCUUUUGUAAACUGCAUUGGAUAAACAUCGUGUGUAAUUUGUAUGCUAUAGUUGUUCGAAAUCAAGCAUUAUGGAACAACUGUACUAAGAGAAUGAAGGCCAAGAGUGUUUUCUAUUAUUGAUGAGAAUUUCCGACUGUCUUGAGCUUGGGCGAGAUUUGUAGCGUGGGUUUUCUUGUUGAUGAUGUAGUUGUACACGUUGGCAAUGUAUCCCAAACUCAAUACAUACUAGUGGAUUGCUUGAAUGUACUUGUUUAACCUUAGCAUGUUGGCAUUUGCCUAUUAUCCCGAACCGUGUUUUGAUCAAGUAAGUCUUAAAAGAAUCUGUGCUGACCAAGAUGUGGUAAUAAUGCAUUUCUUUAUCGGCUGCAUGUGACAAUAAUGUAAAAACUAUGUAACACUUGAUUUUUCGGUUUCAGGUAGAGACGUGCUUCAGCUUUCAUUGUUCAUUUAUUUCGAAGUUGAGAGUGGAGAAUUACCACCAUAAGACAGUACAGCUUCAUGGAGAACUGCUCCCGGCUAGCUUAUUGUUAAAAUGAAGAACGUGCAGGAUCAACAGAAAUUACAGGACAUAAAGCCUAAUAUUAUUUCACAUGAUUCCCGAACUGAGCCACCAGCUAAUGCCACCGAGGCAGCUAUACCAGACUCAGGUUCCGUCUCGGCAUCAAGCAAAGACAACAGAAAAGUAUCCCGUGGGGAUAUCGAACUUGUUCAGAAUUUGAUAGAGCGAUGUCUACAGCUGUAUAUGAAUAAAGAUGAGGUUGUAAAGACCCUCGUCAACCGUGCUAAAAUAGAUCCCGCUUUCACAACAUUAGUGUGGCAGAAGUUAGAGGAAGAAAAUGCUGACUUCUUCCGGGCCUACUACAUAAGGCUUAAGUUGAAGAAACAAAUUAUCUUAUUUAACAACUUGCUAGAGCAUCAGUAUCAUCUAAUGAAAUAUCCCGUGCCACCGAAGGUUCCGUUAGCUCCCAUGCACAACGGGAUUCAUCCAAUGCCUGCCAACAACUUACCAAUGGGAUACCCCGUUAUACAGCAUCCCCCUGUUCCAGCUAAUGGUCAACCUCAUAUUGAUCCUAUGGGCUAUUCGACAUCUAGCUGUCACAUUGUCAAUGGCGUUCCUGCCCCUGGAAAUUUUCAUCCUAUGCGAAUGAAUACUGGAAACAAUAUAGUGAUCGGCACAAAUACAGCCGAUGUAUCCCCCAUGAUGCCAUCAAACAAUGCAAUGUCGUCCAUAUCGGAUAUACCCGUAAGCCCAACAUCAGUGGCAUCGAGCGGCCAUUUCCCAUUUAGUGCAUCGGAUAUGGGGGUCGACGCUUCCGCACUCGACACAGCUUUUACAUCUGAUGUGGCAAGUUCAGUAGGACUACAGCUUCCUCCGGAUAAUGGAGUUGGAAACUCUAGAGAUUCCCUCAGAUCCUUGACUCAGAUUCCGUGGAAUUUUAGCCUUUCAGACCUAACAGCAGAUUUAUCGAACUUGGGAGAUUUAGGAGCGCUCGGAAACUAUCCCGGUUCUCCAUUUUUGCCUUCUGAUUCCGAUAUUCUACUUGAUUCUCCGGAGCAAGAGGAUAUAGCAGAGGAGUUCUUUGUCGAUACUGAUUCUGUGCCAGGGCAAUGCCUGCCGGCAGAUGAGGAGAAGUCUUAGCCAGGGGAGCUAAGGUGAGGCAGUUUGAUUCAAGUUUACGAAACUUAGUCUAGGUUGAGGUGGUGUGCACAAUAAAGCAUUAAAGAAACAACAUAAGUAGCUUUAUCUAUAUUAGGAUACAGUGUUGAGGGCCUAGUUUAUAACGGCGUUUAGACACCACCAGAGGUAUCAGAUAGCCUUAGCCGCUCAUGUUGUAGAAGCAGUUGUUUUGGUUUCCUACCAUUUUGUCAUUGUCGUUACUGUUGUUGUCGUAUGAGGAUUUUUGCACCAUGAUAACAAUCAUAUAAACCAAGUUUUUAUCACAGUAUGUUGUUUAUUCAA